AGCGCAUCCGUUUGCGAAGCGGAGAGUUCCCUUCUGAUGAGGUAGAGGAGCCAGGUGGUCCCAUCGACUCAGCCCCAGCUUCGGUGGGUGCCUUGGGGGGUGGACGUCUUCCCUGGCCCUGCCAACCUCUGUUGCACCGGCCCAAUGGAACGGUGAGCCACGGGAGCCAUGCGUUGCGGCACAUGCUGACAGCACUUUCCUUGGCACCUCUAAGAUGGGCACAUCUCAACAGUCUCGCGGAGCAGCAGAUCUAUGUACCAGAUCACCGAAGGUACAGCCGCGGUGGCAGCUUUUGGGUGUUUCAGUGGCAGAAGGACUUGGUCCCCGAGAGCCAGGCUCCGUGGUUCCAUGAAACCUUGCGAACACUGGAUCUCCUACGGCACCAUGCAGAGGGUCUUAUGGCCUCCGAAGCCUUGCCAGUGGACCUUGAUGUGAUGCAGAGUGAUGGCCUGCUUGCUUCUCGUGCUUUGCUUUGGGCGAGCUUUGCCGAUGAAGAUGUAAGCGCCAUCGCUGAGUCUGCAGGCUUCACUGGAGCAGGUGAAGCUGGUGGUACUGCGUGUUCUCCAACGGCUGCAGCGGUGGCCCUAUUGGGCCCCAAGGGUCCUGGCAGGGCCUUGGCUGCUGAGCUAAUGGAGUGUCCCAAAAGCCAGGCAGGGGCCACAGCCUGGGCGUCCUUUUGGUGGCGAGUGGCCUUCGCAGCCAGGCCCCGCUGCGAUGCCGCCUUCGUCCACCGUUUCCUCCACCGGCGUGGUGCGGUGACGACACGCAGCGUGGCGAGACGCCCACUGGGGCUUUGCGAAUCUCAAACGCUCAGCAGCAUGGCUCCAAGGGGCAAAGAGAAAAAUUGUGGGAUAGAUGGGGAUAUCAUGCAGAGGAUGGAAGAUCUCAUCAUCAUAGACGAGUUCCUGGACGCUUCCCAGCUGAAUGCGCUUGUGCAACAGUUGGAGCGGCAAGGUCUUUCCGCAUUUCAGGAGUACCAGCUGCCAGGCGUGGUCAACGGUGGCACCGGGCGAACGGCCCAGGUGCUGGUGCCUGGCGCUGUGGUCCAAGCUGCCAAAGGUGUCCUGGGAAUCUCCAGUGAGGAAAGCCACUGGGUAACCUUACCUGCUCUGAUGAGUCGCGGAGACGUCCGCAGUCAUCGUGAUGUGUGGCACAAGGGGCCAGGGUCGGCAGUGAACAGCCACACGGUCAUCAUCUGGUUGCAAGGAGGUGAAUCGCAGCUGAUCCUUGAAGGAACCGGCCAACAGCAUGUGGUGGAUGCUAGGCCUGGUCGAUUGGUGGCCUUUGACAAUCGAUGCUUCCAUCACGCAGUGCGAGGAACGGAUGCUGUCAGGGCCAUGGUUGGACCCAUGGCCCUGGAAAGAUCAGGUCGAUUUCGGGCUGUGAUGGACGUGAGUGUACAACACAAUCGUGGUUGGUGCGCAAACUGCCUUUGCUGCUGUUUUCUGUGUUGCGCAUUGCCUGUGUUACUUCUAUGCGAAGCUGUAGUAGGAAGCGGGCUCUUCCUUUUACUCUUGGCGGUUCGGGCAGUCCUUGGAACAUUGCGUGGUGCUUUGGUUGCUACAAUUCUGACGCCCAUCUUAGCGCUUUGCUACACAGGCACAACCCUCUAUUGGAGCCCUUGUAUUUUUUUCCGAGCAUGCAAAGGACUCCGAGGAGAAUUUCGGUCCACGUGUUUGCUGACCUUGCUUCUCCUGCCCCUGCGGGCGCCUGUUGUGCUGGUGCUAUCAUUGGUGCUCAUUUUCCUGUUGACCUUUUUCUGGAUCGUCUUUGCUACUUUGAUCUAUGAAGAAGAGACUGAGGAAUGCAAAAACCUGCUUCUUGGAGGUUUAAUCGCUGUUGGGCCCUUCUCUGGAGUGCUUCAAUUUCUGCCAAAGAUUACGAUGGAUUGGUGGCGAUACCACGCAACUUGGCGUCCCGAGCUCUCCAUUUUGCCGCAACGCCCGACAGAUCCGGUGGAGCCGCAAUGGUUUGGCGCCGACUUGGACUCGCAGCUGGGCCGAAAUCCAGCGGUGUUCCUGGAUCAAUCUGAGACCUGGCAGUAUGUGGCCGGUCGGAUCAGCACCAAGGAGGUGUGGGAGAUUUCCAUGAAAAGCACCACUGCUUUGGGAGUGGAACUCCAUUCACAAGGCUACAUCACAGAUGAGGACAUCCUUUCUUUGGAACCCUUUCUCUUCGUGGGUUUACCCGCCGCCGCAGUGGUGCGUUUGGUGCUCCGUUCCCUGCACAGUGAGGGCUUGGACUUCGUAGAGGUGCAGGUGACAGCAGCGAAUCGUCCUCAUAACGCCUUCGCCGAUAGCAUUUGGUCAAUGGCCAUGAAAGCCAAACGCGAAGCGGAUCGCGCCAAACCCAUCAGCGACCUGGAGAAAGAGUACCUCACCGUCAUGGCCCUGCAACGGCCGGAUGAGACCGGCACCAAGUCAACUUGGGAAAGCAUUGAGAAGUCAAGGCAAGCUGAGCUGAGCAAAAUUGUGGCCGCAGCUGUUGACUUAUCCUUAACGGCUUCCAGAUCCAAAGAUUUCAAAGCCUCGAUUGGCUCAGUGAUUCAAGGAAUUCUGGAGACACCUCAGCCAAAGGAAGGCUGGGCGUAGAACACCGAAGAAGUCAUGACUGGUUCGAACAUCGACCAAAUGACGUGGUGGCUUCUGGGCUUUGAGAAAUGUGCAAAGCCGGAGCCGGAGCCUAUUUGAAGGCGCUUGUUUCUGAGCACGGUGAUCCAACGGAUUGCCCCGUCAUCAUUCCGG